GUAAGGCUAUGUGGUCCUUAGAGAGUCAGUUAAUAAGUUAAGUCAGUCAGGGGUGUGAGUCUACGUGGUGAGGAGUGGAACUGACACUCAGUUGUGCACCUGUCACCAUGGUUGACACGCGUAGUGGCACGAGCACCACCCCGUAAACAAAGGAGCAGGAAGAGCAAGCCGCCGCCAUACUGAAAGAGAGAAGAGAGAAGAAAGAGCUAUUAAAGUAGGUGAAGAAACAAGCCUUGUUGGAGGAGCAGGCGGCAAAGAAGAAGAAGUUGGAAGAGGAGAUGGAGAGAUUAAAGAAAGAGGAGGAAGAAAAGUUGAAGGAAGUAGAAGCAGAACAAGCAGCAGCAGCAGAAGAAGAAGAGAUUCCCCUACAGAGGAAUGUUAGGAGGACAGGGGAAGGAGAGUCAAGUGGCACGACAGAAGAAGAGAAGUUGGAGAAGAUGGCAAGUGAGUGGGUAGCAAAUCUUUGCCUGGGAGAAGAUGAAGAGGCCAUGAUGUACAUUCCCCAGGAUGAGAGAGACGCAGCAAUUGUUGAGAUCCAGGCUGUUCAGGAUCCCUUCCAGCGUCAGGCCUUGGAGGAGGAAAAGAGGAUGGAGUGGAAAUUGCGCCUUAGGAGACAAAGAAGGAGGCGCAUAGGGGUGGCGACAGAAUUGGAGGAGGAGUUGGCCGCCACGAGGGAACGGCAUGCACAUUUGGUCGAACAUGCAGAUCUCAAGAACAAAGUGGAGAUCAUAGGCAAGAGCCUAGAAGUGAUGAUUCGGGCCCAGCAAGAGCAAAUGAACUAUUUGAGGGGCCACAAUAUCGCUCUGCAGUCCAUGCGCGUAGGCUUUAGAGAUUUUCCAGAUGACAUGAUGAUGCGCAUGGGCACUGAAAUGCAAGCCGGACUAAUUAAUAUGGAGAGAUUUUACAAAGGUGCGAUCGAGGGAGUUAAGAUAGCCGCUCCCAAAGAGGAGGAAGCUCGCCCAGUCAAGGUCAAAUUUCCUGAUUCCUACAGUGGGAAGAAGGAAGAGAAUUUUGAUAACUGGGAGGCGAGCGUUAAUUCUUACGUUCACCUCCAGAAGAUCCUCCCUGAGGAGCAAGUCCUCGUCACCUUUCAUGCCCUUAAGAACAAAGCAGCUAGCUUCGCCCGGUCGCUUGCCAGGGCCGCCAAGUGUGAAAAUGACAUGGUGGCAUACUCCAUCAUUACCCCCCUAAGCGAGUUCUUCAGGUUGCUUCGCGAACGAUUCGCAGAUGUCACUAGGGGGAUUAGAGCCUCAGAUAAGUUGCAGACUAUCCAUUCACCGCAAUGGUGGAGUGCAAGAGCACUCAAAGGAGUUAUGGAUGAGCUAGUUGCCAUCCCAGGACAUGGGGUCACUGAGGCCCAAUUGGUCCAGCUAUUCUACCGUGUUAUGCCUGAGUCUUUACGAGGGCACUUUUUUGAAAGGAGUAGAGAGUCUGCUAUCACCUACGAUACAUUGAGUAGGGAAGUGGUAGCCUUUGAGGCUCAGUCCAUGCCACCCUCCACUAUCUGGCAUAAGGACUUAGACAAGGGUAAAAAGUGGAAAGGACGUACCAUCUCAGGGCAAGUUAAGGCCAAGGAUCACUUGAUCCUUACUUUAGAUGAGGGUGGUAUGGAGGAGGUCCCGUACAGUCAGAUUGAGUGGGGCCUCGAGGAGGAAGACAAUAGUGUGAGUCAGGGGAGGACCUACGCUGCUAUCACGGCUGGAGGGAGGCCGCAAGGAAGAGGAGGAGGCCAAGACCAAGGGGCCGGGCCUCUAGUGGCCGAGGGCAGGGCGCUCAGGGGGUUAGCGGCAAAGGAAACCGCCAUGGUCCCCCGCAAAACCGUCCGCAUUGUAGUCGGUCACCUCCCACGAGGGGUGGAUGGCACCCUGGUUGGCCACAAGGCAAGCCUUGGGAAGAUCUGGGUCUCGAACAGUCAGUAUGGCAGAGGAGAAUAGACCAGAAUCAGUGCAUUUAUUGCGGUGAUCCUGGGCACAUUAUUAAAUACUGCCCUAAGUAUAGA